AUGGCCAUGGAAGACGAGCUAUCGAAUUCGAUAACAAUAAUGAUGGACGACAGCAGAGAAAAGACAGAUGAUCUCAACCAAUUCUGGUGGUCGGAGCCAUGGUACCCCGUCAUGCACAGGGUCCAGGAUGUUUUUCGUAGGCAAAACAAAGAGAGUGAAGAUGUCUACAGCCCUAUUACCGUAUCAAUCGGGCCUCUUCACAGAGGGAAGAAACAUCUGCUAGCAACGGAGGCCGUCAAAGUGAGCUACAUGCAUCUCCUUUUCGAACGGACUAGAGCAUCUCAGGAAACACAGAGAAAUUGUGCGGCGGAUAUGUCAAUUAGGGAAGACGAUAUCAGGAAAUGCUUUCGAGAAGUCCAACUAGACGACAAUGUCAGCCUUGCAGAAAUAAUGCUUAUUGAUGGUUGCUUCUUAAUUGAACUUCUUUACAGGAAUUAUGUAAAGGAACCAGAUCCCAUUUUGUGGAAUCCAUUCAAGUGCUAUGCUGUCCACCGCGACUUGUUAUUGCUUGAGAACCAGAUUCCCUUCUUUGUUCUUGAAGAAUUGUUCUGCCUGACGGUCGAAUGUAUCCCGAAAUACAAGCACAAAGGCUCCAUUCCUACUCUCACUGAAUGCAUCCUUUCAUUCUUUGAAGGUAUGAUGGGACCAGAAAAUGCUAAAAGAGAAUGCAAAGGUAUGAUGGACUCGGAAAAUGCUAAAGCAGAAUGCAAGUAUGAAAGACCUCCUCAUCAUAUACUCCAUCUUUUACACAUGCACUACAGUCCUUACGUCAAUGAAGAUAAUUGGAAUGCAUGGGGGCCAAGAAACAACGAGGUAGCCGAAUUCAAAUUCUCUGCUACUCAACUCGACAUUGUAGGAGUCAAUUUGAAGGAAGUUGUAAAUUCUCAAAACCGAUUUGACUUGAAGUUUAGCGUUGGUCCUCGUUUUUGGUUGCUGCAAAGAAGUCAGCUCGAAAUCCCACCUUUCUACAUUGACGAAUCCACGGAGCCAUUCCUGAGAAACCUCAUUGCUUUCGAGCAAUGUAGCCCUUGCUUGCCAAAUAUUUUCACAUCGCAUGCUUCACUCAUGUGCAUCCUCAUCCAUACCAAAGAUGACGUUGAAUUGCUUGAAGAAGCUGGAAUAAUACGCAACUCUUUGGGUUCCAGAGAAGCGGUGUUACAUAUCUUCAAAGACAUGCGGAAGAAUGCUGUACCGCGUAAUUUCUUUUACAAUCAGCUAUGGACGGAGUUGAAGGAGUUCUGCACGCCUAGCCGAACCUUCUACACCAUGUUUUCUUAUCAUCAUCCUCGUAAUUGA